CAUAAAUGCACUAACGCCUCUGAUUCGCUGACGGACAAAGAUUAAGAUGUCGGAAAACGCAAAAAAUAAUAGCUGUCUGCAUUGCUCCGUAUUCAGUACGAAAUACCAGUACCAGGAGAUAUUCGAUGAGUUUGGAAUCGAGCUGGGUCUCCAAUCCUUGCUGGCCAAGCACUACCAGGUCGAUGUCGUACCCGAUCCCCAGAAAAAGCAGCUUCUGUGCGAAGUGUGUGUCAAUAAUCUCAUCCGCCUGUUCGACAUCGAUGAAUUGGAGCGGGAAAGGGAUGCAGCCAAGACAGUGGACCAGAAUGCGGCGCCCAAGCAUCCCAUUAUCAUCACCGAUGUCGAGGCAUCGCCACCUGCAGCGAAGCCCGCUAAGAAGGCUACGCCACCAAAGCCCCUGGCAAAGGUCCUGCGCCCUGUACCCAUAGCUCCCACCCGGGAACCAAGUGCCCGCAUCAACAAAGGAAUUCCUGCGCCCCAGUUAACCCUUGGUUCAUCUAAGCCUCCUGCCCGAUCCAAGGAUCCUCCACAGAAAGGUCCUCCCCUCCAAAUUGAAACUCCAAAAGAUGCGGAUCAAGAGCAGAUAAGUGUCCUGAUACAAAACAUCCUGGACGAAGAUGAGACCGUCGUUGAAGAGGUAGCCAGUGAAGUUACCCAGAUCGCCGAGGAAUCGGAAAACCCAGCCGAAAUUGUUCUGCUGAACAACGAACCCGAGGCUGAACCUGUUCUAGAUGAGGAAGAUGUAUACAUAUAUGAGCACGAAGAUAUACUGGACCCAGAUUUGGAGGAUGUAAAGGACAAAUCAAUGGUUCGUCCACCUAGAUUAGUAGUCCAACCUGAGGAGAGCCAAAGCGAAGGAGAGGACGACGAUGGCGAGGCCAGCAAUGUGGUUCUAUUCAACUUUGUUGAUAUCAAGGAAAAGGAUGACAUUGAGGACAUUUCUGAGUACUUGUCAACUGUGGUGAAAACCAGCUUCGAAAAGCUUACAUUUGAGUGGAGUACAGUGUGCAAACACUGCUCCUUAAAGUGUCCCACAUUUGAUAGUCUUUUAAGUCACAUUGUUAAGGCCCACAAAACCCGGAGAGAUGUCUACCAGUGUCCCAUUGAAGGUUGCAGCAAGGAGCUAAAGGGUCGCCAGUUCCUGGCCAUGCAUCUGGUUCUUUUGCACGCUCCCGUGGCUGAGAUUCCAAUAUAUGGCAGCUGCCCGGAAUGUAAAAUGACAUUCUCCAACAUUUUGCAGUACAACAAACACUCUUGCGCCCAUGUCAUCAAAAAGAAACGGGGUGUUCGCUCGUUUUGUGAAAUGUGCUCCUUGGAGUUUCCAUCAUGGAAACGAUUCAGUUUCCACAACCAAUUCCAUCUGGAGAAGCAUAGACCUCGCGCCUGCUUCGUCUGCGAUUUUGCCAGCACCAACAUCGAUGACCUUUUCCAGCAUUUAAAUUAUGCCCAUGAGCCAGUGGGCACCUUAUUUUGCGACCUUUGCGACCGGACUUUCCGUGAUCCGGCCGUGUUCAUGGAGCACAAUAAGUCGCAUGCCAAUGUGAGCAGUACAACCUAUUCCUGCGGCGAGUGCUUGGCACACUUUGAGUCACGAGGGCGAUUGAAUGGGCACAUGAGAGUCAUGCAUGGCAGCGUGGUAAGCUGCGAGCUCUGCUCCCGAGAGUUUGCCACCGAAGCCACCUACAACAUUCACAUGAAGAAGCACUUGAUCAUUGAGCGAGAUGUGCACGUGUGCAGCAAAUGUGGCCUGGUGAGCGACAGCCGCGAAACACUACUUGCCCAUGCGGACUCCCCGACAUCUGCCUGUUUUGGCACUAAAAUAUAUAUGGAACUGCUUCGUGAUGCUUACGUCUGCGAAUACUGCUCAUCGUACUUCAAAGAAAAGGAAAAUCUUCAAGCACAUCGAGAGUCAGGCGUUCAUAAGGACGGGUUGUACUGGUGUCAGCCCUGCGGUAAGGACUUCCCCCACAUGAAACUGUACCGCCACCACCUGCGCAACUAUCAGAAACUGCGCUCGGAUUUGACGCAUCGUAAGCUUGAGAUUUGUGCCUUUUAUAUGUGCGAUCAGAAGAACUGCUCGGAGGCAUAUGUAAACUGGAACUCCUUGUACACACACAAGCGACGAACCCACGAAUCUUCAAAUAAGCAGGCGGAGAAAACCGCCAAGAGUAUCCAAGAAUGGAUUUGCCAAUUUUGUUCAAAGGAGUGCCGCUCAAAGAUGUCCUUGUCUGUUCAUGUGGCAAGGAGCCACAAUAAUGACAAUGUGGUUUGUCCUUUAUGCAAAGCCUCAUAUAAAAGCCAGGAUGCUCUAGCCAAGCACCAUGCCUAUUGGCACGAACCCAUCGAGUGCCCUCAAUGUUUUAAAAUCGUUAAAAAUCGUCGUAAUUAUGACACUCAUGUGAAUGUGGUGCAUUCGAAUACAAAGCGCUACUCCUGCGGUGUCUGUGAGAAAGGAUUCUAUCACAGAAGUGAAAUGGAAGCUCAUCAGAAGCUCCAUGGUCAGUCUUAUAGCUGCGAGCAGUGUAGCUUCACCACCAGGAACAAGAAGUCCCUAUCUGUUCAUAUUCUGGGUCAGCACUACAAGCGCUUCGCUUUUGAGUGCAAGGCGUGCAAGAAGAGGUUUGGACGCCGUCAGGGCUUGAGUACCCACAUGCAACGAGCACAUGGUUACAAGUAUAUGUGCCGUGCUUACUUCGAGGGCGGUUGUGGACGCACUUUUGUAAACAGUUCCCAGCUGAAUGUACAUGUGCGAAAGGUACACAAAGGUGUCAUAUUCCUGCAGGAGGAUCUGGUCGAAGAGGACGAAUAUGUCAGCGACGGGCCAUCCACAUCUAAGAGGCGAUGCAUUCGUAUCAACGAAUACAAUAUUGAGUUUAUAGCAGACGGAGAUGAAGGAGAUGAUCCGGAUGGGAUAGAAAUGGAAGAAGGUGACGGGGAUGAGGAAGAAUUUGUCGACGACGUACCAGAUCAAGAUACCAAACAUUGAGGCACACACUUUGGAGUUACUUAAGAUUUGUUGCUAAAGCAGAUUUAUUUGAUUUGAUUUUCAUUUGUUUGCUACCAAUUAUUUUGAACACAAAUGAUGUCCAAAAACGACAUUAGUAUGUAUUCCAUAGUUAAUAAUUCAUAAUUCUAAUGAUAAUGUAAUAGCUACGUUUAGGCUAACUUCAAUUGCAAUUAACUAGCCAGAGUCUGGCGGAAGCAAAUUUGAUUUAUUAAGCGUUGUAGUUUGGUCAUUUAAUUGCUGAAGAUUGUGUGCGGAGCUUACCUGAAAUUGAAUUUAAGAUUUAAUUAUUAAAUCAAGGAAUUUGUUUA